UGGAGAUGUUGACAUCGCGUUCAGCAAUAUUUCUGCAACUUCCAGUAAACUAGGUUAGACAGUUCACUAUAAUUUAGCAUAAUAGUCAGCACAUGGCAACAUGUUAAAUAAUCGCAUGAGUUUAGCCAUGUCUAAAGUUAUCCUCCUAUCUCACUUGUGUGUCCUCACAUACAGAAGUCGACAAACUCAUAAAAGCCCAACAACAAGAGGAAAAUGACUCGGGUCCAAGAAUGACAAAGACAUUUCUGAAGGACCACUGCAAGCAAAAUAAACUCUACAUGACACCUCGAUUGAAUAACCCACUGUAUUUGCACUUCAAAGGCCUCUCCACCAAAGAGAAUCUGGAGGAGUACACUCAGUAGAACCACUCAGCAAGCUCUGCACCCUCAAUGUCUGCAACAACUACAUACGCACCAUCAAAAACAUUGCCUGCCUGCCUGAUCUGGGCACCUUGCAGAUAGCCCAUAAUAAGCUGCAGACAGUGGGAGACGUGGAGCAUCUGAGUCAGUGCCUGUCCCACAACCUGCUGGAUGACCCAGACAUCCUCACUGUGCUGGAGAGAAUGCCUGGACUGCGUGUGCUGAACCUGAUGGGAAAUGAAGUGAUAAAGAAAAUCCCAUACUACAGGAAGACUAUGAUCAUACAUCUCAAACAGCUCACAUACCUGGAUGACCGACCUGUGUUCCCAAAGGACAGUAUGAAGGGCGUGUGCGGUGGCGUGGGGUACAGCGGGUCCGGAGGGGGAGCGCAGGGAGAGGGAAUCAUGGCAAACACAAGAGAGAAGGAAGAUCCAGGACAGUCUGGACACCAUGUCAACCAUCAGAGACCAAGCCAUGGAGAAACUGCGACUCAGAGAGCUGCAAGAGAGAGGGGAGUAUGAGACCACUACAACUCCAGAAUUUGAGAGCCCCAGUAAAAAGAACCAGAGGCAGAAUCAGAGCCCAGGCUGGGAGGAGAGGAUCCAGGCGUUUGUGGAGGACAGUCUGGAGGCCCAUGAAGAGUUCCUACAGACACAGAGAGAACAGACAGAAAAGGAAGAGCUAGGGAAUGAACAGCCACUGAAGAAGCAGCUAGACAGAGAACAACCAGAAAGAGAGGAUCCGGAGGGAGAUCGGCUAGAGAGAGAGCACCAAGAGGGAGAUCGGCUAGAGAGAGAGGACCAAGAGGGAGAUCGGCUAGAGAGAGAGCACCAAGAGGGAGAUCAUCUAGAGAGAGCACCAAGAGGGAGAUCAUCUAGAGAGAGAGCACCAAGAGGGAGAUCAGCUAGAGAGAAAGCACCAAGAGGGAGAUCAGCCAGAUGGAGAGCAAGCAACAGAAGAAAGCUUAAAGGAAGAACUGUUAAGUUAAACCAGUCAAGGAGAGAACAACUACAAAGAAG